AUGACUGACUUCCUCUCACGCGAAAGCGAACUCCUGGGCGACGAGUUCACCGGCACACCCACCGGCGGAACCUAUGCGACCGCGGGCGGGGACAUGGACUUUGACCGCGCAGCCUCUGCUUUCCCUGACAUCUCGUUGGACGGCACGGACGACAUUCCAGCACCGUCCUUCCCGGCAGCCGCGCCGUCCUCGACGUUCUCUUUCGACGACUUCUCCAGUCCCCCGCGGGAAACGGAGGUGAAGGUCACAGGUGACGACGAGAUCGACAAGUUCGAGAGCGAAUUCCCGGACAUUGAGGUGCCCCAGUCACCGCCGGUUAGCCAGCCUCUCUUUGGCACAGCGCCGCCCUUUGCGCCCAAGCCGCAGCCCUCGGCGUUCUCGUCGACGCCUAUACUGAACCACACGAUCGAAGAGGACGAGCCGGAGGUCAUCAAAGAAUGGCGCGAGCGACAGGCCGCCGAAAUCAAGGCGCGAGAUGAGGCAUCCAAGGCGAAGCGCGAGGAAGCCGUCUCGAAAGCAGAACAUGCGAUUGACCAGUUCUACGAAGAGUAUGCUGCGAAGAAGGAACGCAACAUCAGGGAGAACAAGGAGUACGAGGAGGAGUUCCUCGCAAAACUACAAGAGUCGCUCUCAAGCGGCACGACAUGGCAGCGCAUCUGCGACCUUAUCGAGCUGCAGAACUCACAGAGCAAGACGAUCGCGCGGGCAGGCCCUGGAACGACAGAUCUCACGCGCUUCAAGGAGGUGCUCUUGCGGCUGAAGAGAGAAGGAGAUGCUGCUCCCGGAGCAGCUGGCUAUUGA